CCUGUACAAGCUUUUUCACGUCUGCCAAAUUCCUCUUGUACCUUGGCCAUUCCCUGUCCACUUGGGGUGAUCGUAUGUGGCAUUUCGCAGUAUCUGUCUUCCUGGUUGAACUGUAUGGAAACAGCUUGCUCUUAACUGCUGUGUACGGGUUGGUUGUGGCAGGAUCAGUCCUUCUUUUGGGAGCCAUUAUUGGGGACUGGGUAGACAAGAACCCAAGACUCAAAGUGGCCCAGAUGUCCUUAAUUGUGCAGAAUGUGUCCGUCAUUUUGUGUGGCAUUCUCCUUAUGAUUGUCUUCCUCUAUAAAGCUCAGCUGUUGACCAUGUAUCAUGGAUGGCUUCUGACGUUGUGCUAUAUUCUAGUCAUCACAAUAGCAAACACUGCAAACCUGGCCAGCACUGCCACUGCAAUCACCAUACAGAGGGACUGGGUGGUGGUGGUUGCUGGUGAAAACAGAAGCAAAUUGGCAGAUAUGAAUGCUACCAUACGAAGGAUUGACCAGCUGACCAAUAUUUUGGCCCCGAUGGCCGUUGGACAGAUAAUGACAUUUGGAUCACCAGUGAUUGGCUGUGGGUUCAUCUCUGGUUGGAACCUGAUUUCCAUGUGUGUAGAAUAUGCACUGCUUUGGAAGGUUUAUCAGAAAACCCCCGCUUUGGCUCACAAAAUGAAUUCAAAGGUUGAAGAGUCAGAACUGAAACAACUCAAUGUACAAAAAGAAGGUGAAUUGAAGCCCACCGAAGGAGCACAGCUAAUAGAAGAGAAAAAGGCUGCUAUCUUUGAGCCCAAGCAAGAGGAAAACGCUAGCUGCCUUUCUCGGAUGUCUGAGCCUUUCGUUACAUUCCGGGACGGCUGGGUUGCUUAUUACAACCAGUCGGUCUUCCUUGCAGGCAUGGGCCUGGCCUUCCUCUACAUGACCGUCCUGGGGUUUGAUUGCAUCACCACGGGCUAUGCCUACACUCAGGGACUGAGUGGCUCCACGCUGAGCCUCUUAAUGGGGGCUUCUGCAAUCACAGGAAUCAUGGGCACGGUGGCCUUCACCUGGCUGCGCCGCAAGUGUGGUCUGGUGCGCACAGGCCUCAUCUCCGGAGUGGCGCAGCUCUCCUCUUUGGUCCUGUGUGUGAUCUCGGUGUUCAUGCCUGGAAGUCCUUUGGACCUCACCGUUUCCCCGUUUGCUGACAUCAGCGCCAGGUUGUUCGAAAGCAACCCGUUGCCUACUAUGGUGCCGGAGAGCGAGCUCCUUGAUGUGCCCUUUCCAACUGGAAUGCCUCCCUUGGUCAAUGGGUCGACGCCCGAGUUAGGCUUGGCUCCCUCCUCUGUGCCUCUUGUCUCUGUUAGCCUCCUUUUCGCAGGAGUCAUUGCUGCGAGAGUUGGCCUGUGGUCUUUUGACCUGACCGUCACACAGUUGCUCCAGGAAAAUGUGAUAGAGUCUGAAAGAGGGAUCAUAAAUGGUGUCCAGAACUCCAUGAAUUACCUCCUGGAUCUGCUGCACUUCAUCAUGGUCAUCCUGGCUCCUAACCCGGAAGCUUUCGGGCUGCUGGUUCUUAUUUCUGUGUCCUUUGUUGCAAUUGGCCACAUAAUGUACUUUCGGUUUGCCCAAAAAACCCUGGGCAAGAAUGUUUUCCUUUGCUGUACUCCUGAGCAAAAGUCUGUUGCUGAUGAACCAGCAUCUUGUGAUGCAUCCAAUGCCUAGAGAUAGAGCUUGGAAAAAAUUACUUCUUGGACUCCAGCUCCCACAAUCUCUCAGGCACUAUGGUUGCUUGGUGCCUUGGGAGACUCUGGGAGUUUAGUCCAUAAAAGGAACUUCCCAAAGCUCCAAUUUAGAGAGUUUCAGCCAUUGCUGCCAAUUCUUCUUUCUUCCUGUCCAUGUAAAGUGGAAAAAGGUAUUGUUAAGCAGCGGCUUUUCAAAAUUCUUCCCGUUCACCCAAGCCCUCAGCCUGUCCUGCCUUCCUGCUGCCUUUGCUUUGCCCAGGUGUGGAUUUCCUCUGCAUAGAAGUAACGUAGCUUAUUUAUUUAAGGGGAGAUCUGAAGAGUGAAAAAUGAACUGGAAAUGCAAAUAAAUCAUUCUGAUUCUUUUUCAUACAGAAGUCAUGCCAAGGGAGCAGGAAGUGGGCAUUAUUAUAAUCAAGCCAUGAUACAGAUUAUGCGAUACGUGCCUAGUAGCUUCCCCACCCCCCCUUGUAACAUAGAUGCGCUAUGUUUUGCUUCUUUUAAAAAUGGACUCUUUGGGACACAUGACCAAAUGUUACACAAAUGAACAACACAAAGGGUCAUGCCCUUUAUGCAUAGUAGAGUUCU